UUUCAGAAACCCACAGGCUCAGAAGACAUGCAUUUGGUUAUAGAGAAAUAUCGAAACGAGCAGAGCAUCACGCAACCACCUGAACCAAUUUUGGUGCCGUUCAAGCGAUACAGUCGAGAGUGCGUAGUUAGUGCAAUAAUGGAAUUCAUAAGCUAUAAUUUCACAAUGGAUAGCCCUCCGAAAUAUCGCGAUUGUGAAGGGGAUAUGAUUCUUUUAGAAACACGCGAAGCUUUCGAGGCUGCCUUCGAUGAUGUAAUGCAGACACCACUCAAGUUAUUCGUGGUCCAUAUAGAUGGUAUCUACAAUUUCGGACUUCCGAAGAAGCAGGAGAUUAAAACAUCUGUGGCUGCACAGGGCAGCGUUUCACCUGAUGUUCACAAGAUGAACGAUUUGGAGGUUGUUUUAAUGGAUCGGAUUGUGAAGGAGGUCAAGCAUGAAGUGGAUAAACAAAUUAUCCAACAUCCAGUAAUCAAUAAACUGGCAGAAUUCAUGGUUGACCUUGAAGAGCAAAAAGCUUGUGGAUCAUGCUGCAGUGAACACAAGUCUACUCAAAAGGACAUAUCUGAUGCUGUUGUUGGUUCAUCGUCAUCAGCAUCAUUGGAAAGUCAAAGUUCAUCGAAGGUAGCAUCUGAAGAGGAUGGUAUUGCUGUUUUUCAGUUAGUCGACGAAAGCCCAGUUUGGGACGUGAAGGCGAUUUAUGAAAAAAAGACAAUGCCCUUAACAAAAUGGGAAAAUCCCAGCUCAUCUGAUCUGGUGAAAACUGUACGUGAAGGAGAAGGGAUUUUCUCUAAACGAUGGGUUCUUCGCCGAUUUGCUUGCAGAAGAUGGGAAAAUGUUUCGAUAAUUAAUGAAACGAUACCUGAUACGCUAGAAAUAUGUCGUUCAAAGGUGAUUGUAACGAAUUUGCCAGAAAAAGGCCAAAUUGUUGAUUUCACUGUAUGGGUGAAAUGCUCGGCUUCAACGGGAUACUUCUGUGCAACUUGGCGGCUUCAUAAAUUGAUUGAGAAUGGUAGAAAUUCGAUUCCUGAGGGACCAAGACUGGUGUUUGAGAUCUUUGUGAAUCCAUUCAUUGAUGAGAACUUCGCAAUCGAAAGGCCUGUCUUUACUAAUGAAUUGGAUUGGUUUUCAUAUUAUGCCAUAGUCAGGAAUAAGGAAAAAAAUGUCGAUGAUACUCGAGAAUUGGAGGAAUUAACGAGCACUGGAUCUGUUUCAGCAUCUGAUUAUGAAGUGAUUGAUGGUGGGGAUACUGUGGACGAUUCUGAUGAGAAGUAGUGAUCGAAUUUAGCAAGAUUUAAUAGCCAGAAUUUCAUUUGUUUAGUUGGGUAUGGUUGUGUGUUUCAUGAAAUUUUUUGAAUGAAAUAUAAGGAGAAGUAUAUGUACGUUUAAAGUUGUC